AUGGGGGCCACAAAGAAGAAUCUUGAAGUGCAAAUUGAUGCUUUGGAACAAAUGCCAAAUUACGCAAAGUUUAUGAAGGAGGUGAUGUCAAAGAAGCGAAAAUUGGAGGAAUAUGAAACAGUAAAAUUAACAGAAGAAUGCAGCACUAUUCUUCAAAAGAAACUUCCUCAAAAGAGAAAAGAUCCGGGAAGUUUCACUAUUCCAUGCACCAUUGGAAGCUCUUCCUUUGAAAAGGCCCUCUGUGAUUUAGGAGCAAGCAUCAGCCUAAUGCCGUUAUCAGUAUUUAAGAAGUUAGGCCUCGGGGAAGUCAAGCCAACAACAUUGACUCUACAACUGGUUGAUAGGUCCCUCACUUAUCCACAAGGUAUUAUUGAAGACAUGUUAGUAAAGGUUGACAAAUUCUUCUUCCCAGCUGAUUUUGUGGUAUUGGAUAUGGAAGAAGAUUAG